UGAAACACAGAUAGGAUGUCAGGUAUGGAGCUGGGGAAAGAUGCAAACUGGAAGUUCCCCCAUCCAAACCCAGAGCUAAGUAGGGUGAAUGGUGAAAGUUGUGCCAGUUGUAUAGUUACUAUUAUUAAAGCUGUAACUCUGUCAGAAAUGAAAGUGUUCUAAUUGUAAUUCAUUUCUCUGAAUGAAAUAGUCAUGCAAUAAAACAAAUAUUAAGUUAUUGGGAAUUAAUCUGCGCUUCACCGAAUGCCUAUCCCUCUAUCCAUCCAUCCAUCCAUCCAUUGGUUCCUCACAUGACGCCCCGCAUGAUGUGCCCACCCACUAGAUUGACUCCACCCACCACUACCUCGAACACAGGGACUCGGAGCACCAAUGCAUCACCAGCAGUGUAUUGAGACUUCAGCAGGGACUCCUGAGAAGCACUGCCUCUACCGGGUCAAACAUCUAUCAUUAAACAUCAAGUUCCAAAAGACAUCGGAUCCUAGUCACAUACCUAAACGGAAGUAUUGUCAGUUCGUUCCGAUUACUGCUUUAAUUACUACGAAGGUAAUUACUAGAAGGAAAGGAGAGAGAUGACCGCGGUUCUGGAUAGCCUUGGUUCGGAUAUGCACACAACACAUCUUACCUCCAGCAACUUCAGCGCCGUGCACAAGUCUCAGGACUCACCCACACUGCCGGUGUCCACCGUCACCGAUAGCAGUUUCUACAGCGUCCCUCAGAGCGCAAACUGCGCAGGAACGGCGGCUUACGCGCAACUCGCCUCCUACUCGUACUCCCAUGGAGGAGUGAGCGGCGGACCCUACAGCCCCAAACCCUACGACAUGGGCUUCGGCACUUCAUACGGCGCUUAUGGCGCCUAUGGACCCGGUUCUUCAUCACCCACGCCUACAGAGCCAGAGAAAGACGAGAGCGAGCCGGAGGUGCGCAUGGUGAACGGCAAGCCAAAGAAAGUCCGGAAACCACGAACCAUCUACUCGAGCUUCCAGCUGGCUGCUCUUCAACGCCGCUUCCAGAAGACACAGUACUUGGCGCUACCGGAGCGCGCAGAGCUCGCAGCCUCUCUGGGCCUCACCCAGACCCAGGUGAAGAUCUGGUUUCAGAACCGGCGGUCCAAGUUCAAAAAGUUGUGGAAAAAUGGGGAGAUUCCGCCGGAGCAGCACGUGGGCUCAGGUGACUCUCCUCCUGCGUCUCCUCCCCCGCACACCGCCUGGGAUUUCCCCCCGAAUCAACAAGCUGCAGGAGACGGGGACUCUAACACAGAGCAGGCCGCUGGUCCCCCCAACACCACUGCACCAUCGUAUUUGUCCAACUAUCCAUGGUACUCAUCCACGACCGCGCAUUUACAGCCAAGCGCGCUCUCGCAACCCCAUCACAACUCUGCCAUGAGCGCUGGUGCCAUUUUCUAGCCACAAACUUGGGAAUCAGAUGCACCUGUUACAAGACAAUGAACUUGUAGUGCACAUAAAAGCACGGAGAGAGAGAAAAAAACACAAACUCCGACAUGCAAUUUGAAUUCUGAUGGUUUUUAUUUACUUUGUGGAUUUCCGUGGCGCGCUCGAGCUCUGCGCAGAACGUGCAACAAAUCGACGAACAUUAAAUUAUUUUUCUAUUUAUUUAUUUGUUUUGUUUGCAGUCACAGGACAGUGGGACCAAUCACAUGCCAAGUAAAUAAAAAAAAAAAGAAACGGGUAGCCUUUUAUUGCGUGCAUUGUACAUUUUCCUAUCAGACUAUAUUAGGCCUACAGAGUAAUCUAUCAUGCUGUUUAUACAACUUGUACUCACAAUAAAAAAACAAACAAAGAAAACCUGCAUUUUGAUGUCGACCUAGAACUGUGUCUCACUAACUUUACAACGUGGCUGCACUGAAAUACAAAUAAACCGCGGAGUAACUG